UUUCCUGCUGCCUUUUUCUGGAGCAGAGCCCUUCCUUCCGAAUUUUGAGAGAGAGAGAGAGAGAGAGAGAGAGAGAGAGAGAGAGAGAGAUGGCGGCGAUGGUGGUGGGCGCGCUGCGGAGGGGAAGCGGACACGGAAGCGGCAGCGGCUUCUGCUGCAGCUCGCGUCUCCUCGCCCAGUCGCUCCGCAGAUUCGCGAGCACGCUGGUCGUGGCGGAACACGAAGGUGGGUUCGUAAAGCCGUCGUCCCUGAGCGCAUUGGCCGCUGCGGAGGCCAUUGCAGAAGAGAACAAAAUUUCCGUUCUGUUGGGUGGAUCCGGGCCUGCGCUUCACAAGGCUGCCGAUCAUGCUGCGUCCAGUCAUCGAUUGGUUUCUGAGGUGCUUGUUGCCGAUUCAGAAGCCUUGGCACAUCCUUUGGCUGAACCAUGGGCCGAGCUACUCCAUUCUGUUCAGCAGAAAGGAGGCUACUCUCAUGUUAUAGCUUCAUCGACGUCAUUCGGGAAGAAUUUGCUUCCACGUGCUGCAGCUCUUCUUGAUGUAUCCCCUGUUACCGAUGUCACUGCAAUAAAGGAGCCACGAGUCUUUGUGAGGCCAAUUUAUGCUGGAAAUGCACUUUGUACUGUGAAAUAUACUGGAGAGGAUCCUUGCAUGAUGAGUAUUAGAUCAACUUCAUUUUCUCCAACUACUGAGGCUAUGUCUGAAACAAAGGCUGCGCCAAUCACCCAGGUUGAUCUCUCUUUCCUCAGUGAAGGUACCAUAGGGAAAUCUACAUGGGUGAAUCUGACAUCCCAAGACACGGAGCGACCUGAUCUUGCAAACGCACGUGUUGUAGUCACUGGAGGCAGAGGUUUAAAGAGUUCCGAAAAUUUUAAAUUGCUGGAGCAGCUUGCUGAGAAACUUGGUGCAGCAGUGGGUGCGACUAGGGCUGCUGUUGAUGCAGGUUAUGUUCCAAACGACCUUCAGGUUGGUCAGACAGGGAAAAUUGUUGCACCGGAGCUCUAUAUGGCUUUUGGAGUUUCUGGAGCUAUACAGCACUUGGCGGGAAUGAGAGAUUCAAAGGUUAUUGUGGCUGUUAAUAAAGAUGCUGAUGCCCCCAUAUUUCAGGUUGCAGAUUAUGGACUUGUUGCGGAUCUGUUCGAGGUUCUGGACGAAUUGUUGAAGAAGAUCCCAGACAAGAAAUAAGUGGAUGCCAUCAUGAUAAGCGUCCAUGUUCUGGACGAAUUGUUGAAGAUCCCAGACAAGAAAUAAGUGGAUGCCAUCAUGAUAAGCGUCUAUGUCUCAUAUGCCCACAAGUUCAUAAUAAGAUUAAAUUAUCUCAUUAUGUGAAUACUCUAUCUGGAAUUAUGUAUGUUAUGGUCAAGGGCUGCUAGUGCUAGCUGUGGCGUUGCACCAUCAGUGCUGAUUAACAACAACAACAACCAUCAGUGCUGAUUCAUAAGCGAUAAUUUAGAAGUGGUUAUUGCAGUUCGUAC